AUGCCGACAUUUGUGCCGUCCUCCAUUGGCGGGAAUCUUUGUCCUUUCGGACAUGAUGUGAGAGUGACCAAGCACCCAGGGCUGUCUGCCCACCUCCCUCUCAGAAACUUUGUUGGACAGAAGUACCCUUUUCAGCCAUUAAGACGGUCUGAAUCCUCCUCAUUGCAAGUGUCGAGCCCCACAGCUUCAGCAGACGUGAAAACAUCCAAGCAAAGUAAUGACAGCCUCACUAGCUCAAUUCUUUCGGAUCCUGACAUCGAGGGGGAUCCAAUCAAAUUUCUCCGCGUCUCUGAGGCAUAUUGGCAGGCGUGCCCCCCUUGCGACAUAUUACUGAGGGGUCACAGAGUGAGCAUUAUUGAGAAAAGGAGGGUGGAGGGGCGCAUACAGGAGUGGAAUGUGAGCAGGCAUGAACUGCAGGACCUUGUGGAGCUGGGACUAGUGACCGAGCCCGAGUUGUCCCAGUCAAUCGCCACAGAAUUUAACCCAGUCCACAUAGGUUUCUAUGACGAGUUAAAACCUCAGCCGGACAUUGUAGCACAUGAUGUCCUCAAUCUGGGCGUCAAUCCAAGGACACUACUGGGCUUCAUGCGGGCUCGUUUCCUAGAGCAGGGUGGCAUCAUUUAUGAGGGCGCCGCCUUCCACACAGCUGAGGUGUACCCUGAAGGGGUAAAGAUCCAACAAUGUGGCAAUGUGCAGGGGCAUUGGAGUCCUAUUGUACGCCAGAUGCGAGGGUCUAGCAGGCCGGAUGGCAUGUGCUUGGUGGUAGGCUCUUGCGCUACAAGCUUCCCAGCUGAGAGAAAUAAGUCAGGGGAUUUCAUGCGCACAGUCACAGACGCAGAGGAUGACAUGCAGUUAUUCUGGCAGGCAUUCCCUGCACAGGGCGGCGCUGCACGCACCACCUACAUGUUCACAUACGCAGACUGCGCAAAGCAACGACCCUCUUUGCAGGCACUGUUGGAUAGAUAUUUUGAGCUGCUGCCAGGCUACCAGGGAGUUCCCUUGUCCUCCCUCAAAUUUCAGCGGGUACUGUUUGGCGGCUUCCCCUGCUACAGCUCCAGCCCUCUGCAGCCUCAGUUUGACCGCAUCCUGCAGGUGGGCGAUGCGAGCUCAUCGCAGAGCCCGCUGUCCUUCGGCGGCUUCGGCAGCAUGCUGCGCCACCUGCGCCGGCUGACAGAGGGCCUGGACGCUGCCCUGCAGCAGGACAGACUUUCCAGGAAGGCCCUGAUACUCAUACAGCCGUAUCAGCCGUGCCUAGCAGCGGCGUGGCUGUUCCAGCGCAGCAUGGCCCUGCAGAUGGGGCAGUCGCGCGCGCCACGCGGGCGCCGGGGCCAGCUUAGCGGCUUCCUGCCGCCUUCCCAUAUCAACCGCCUGCUGCGUGCCAACUUCCGCGUCAUGCAGGUGGGUACCUUUGUUUGGCCACGGAUGGCUUGA